AUGGCGACCUCCUCGUCACAGGCGGUCCUUGCCUGGGAUCCAGCAAGCUCCAUACCUACGUUGACGGGUAGCUUACUUUCUCUCGUUGCGACAACCACCGUCAUACUGCUCUGGAUCUUCGCCCGCGGCAGAAAGAGGCGCGACUUCCGCUAUGCAUUGAUCUUGAAUCUCACGGUAGCUGAGUUCCUUAACAGUCUGAACAACUCCAUCUCUGGCAGUGCCGCAGUCGCAAGACGCAGACCGCUGCUGCCAGGCACCGCCUGCGAAGUGAACGGCUGGGCCGGUCAGUUCUCGGUGCAGGCCGUCGACUUCUCCAUACUCGCCAUCACGCUCAUUACGCUGCUCACCAUCCAGCUACGCUCCUUUGUCAUCUAUGCCUCCACCGCCACCAAGGCACUCAUAUGCCUUUGCAUCUGGAUCGUGCCGCUGUGCACCAGCCUCUUCGCAUGGCGGAAGCACUACUACGGGCCCGUUUCCGGCAACUGGUGCUGGAUCGAAAAGCAGUACCUGCGACAGCGCUACACCCUCAAUCACGGCUGGCGCUUUGCCAUUUUUUUCAUCUCACUCUGCACAUACAUCUACGUCUUCGUCUACAUGAGCCGCCGCCUGCGCCCCCAGAACCUCUCCAAUAUCAGCUGCAGCAUCCCCAGCGACGUCCCCAGCUUCAGCUUUGCGCGCGACACGCCCCUCGACACGGCCCACAACACGACCCCCCACACGGCCCCCCACACGGCCCCCGACCAGGAUCCGUACAGCACCGUGCACCCCGACACCCCCACCUCCCCGACCUCGACCCACAUCCUCGUGCACCUCGAAAAACGCCCCCCCUCCCUCACUGCGAUACCCGCGCGCCCGCGCCACGACCACGAGAUCAAAGUCGACCGCGAGAUCUGGCGCAUGCUCCUGCUCAACAUGUACCCGGUGACGUACCUGGUGCUGUGGAUCCCGGGCAUUGCGAACCGCAUCGCUGAGGGCAUGGGGCAUAAUGUGCGCGCGCUUACUGUUUUGCAGAGCUCGACGCAGUUUAUUGGGCUGGCGAAUGCGGGCGUCUAUGUGUACAAGGAGCAUGCGAGGGAUGUGAGGGAGUGGUGGGCCGGGGUGAGGGGGAGGAGCGGAAGGAGGGGAGAGGGAGAAGCGGAAGGAGGGGAGGGGUCGCAGGCGUGA